AUGUCCUUCACCAACACCGCCGCGCACCAGGCGGUCUUCGCUCUUUUGCGUCGCGGUUUUGGCGACAACGAUACCGCUCAACUUCUUGGCUGGAUGACUCCCAAGAACCAAGCACGCCUUGUGGAAGGCAUCGUUAGCACGAUCGAACUUUCGGCCGCCGAAGCAAAGGCGGCCCAGAAGACAUUGGAAGAACAAGUGACUCUAAUGUCUUCGCACGGGCGCAACCUUGAAGACCCCCUCUAUGUCGCUCGCGAGAAAAUCGCGACCUUGGAAGACGUCGGAUACCCCAUCCACUUCUCGUCUGAAGUCAAUCAAGCUGGAUGUUGCCAAAUUCGGCGAAGCGGGGGUCGCGCGGAAGAUUGGGCGUUCUUCAAAUGCUUGACGGACCGUCAUUGCUUCCUGUCCUUCACGGACUUUGAGACCGAACUAAAGGAAAUGUUCCUGCCGCCCAACAGCGGCUUUCGUUAUCGCUCGCAGUAUCUGGCAUGCAAGCAAGGGAAACGUUCCCUUCAAGAGUUCAUCCAUGACCUUCGCUUCUUGGCAGCGAAUAUUAACGAUGAUGAAUCCCCUCGGAGUCCCUACGUGUCCGGCGCACAGCCAGCGCGCGCCUACCCGGAUACCUUCGAAGAACCCGUCCGAAGCGCGCUUUCGGAAUCAUUUUCCUCCUCCUUCGCGCACGCAAGCGCGGCCUCCUCGGACAUGGAUGUCUCCAUGCUCACCCAAGCAUCGGACGACCGCACGUGUUUCAAUUGCGGUCGCCCUGGACACUUUUCCCGCGCAUGCCCUACCUCGCCGUGUGGCGUCAGCUGCGCCUACAUCGCACGGUUCCCCGUGCCGCGCCACAUAUCCACUCGCAUCGUUCUCCGAGCGGUCCAUGUAACCGCUUCAAUCGCGAACGUCAUGACGCCUCACGUCCGCCUUUCCGUCCCGCCCCAGGCUCGAGUGCGGCGGGAAACGGUCGCUCCCAGUAGGCGUGAGGCGAUCUACUAG